CAUUCUUUCAUUUUUCUCUUUCGUUUUCUUCUUCUUUUAAGAUAUAGUGCAUGUGAAAAAGAUUAUUGCAUAGCAACUUGAGCUGAGCCAAAUCUUUGUGAAAUUGGUGGGUGGAAGGUGAGAUGGCUGAGAAUAGAGAAGUGCUGCUGAAGCAGGAUGAGAGGGUUUACUAUGAUGAGAAGUGCCCAGGUUGCAAGAUUGAUAAACUCAAACAAUCCAAUCCAAAUAUUCCUUUCAAGCAUUUGUUCUAUGUUUUCAUUGUUGCCCUUGUUGCAGACUUGCCGAUUGCAACUCUUUUCCCUUUCAUGUAUUUCAUGGUAAGGGAUUUUCAUAUUGCAAAAAGGGAAGAGGAUAUCGGUUACUAUGCUGGUGCUAUUGGAGCUUCAUUUAUGUGUGGAAGAUUUUUUACUUCUUUAUUUUGGGGAAUGAUAGCUGAUCGAUAUGGUCGUAAACCUGUGAUCAUCUUUGGCACAAUUGCUGUGUUAAUCUUCAACACACUUUUUGGACUCAGUACAAACUUCUGGAUGGCCGUUUCUAUGAGAUUUCUCCAAGGAUGUUUGUGUGGUAAUCUUGGUGCUGUGAAGGCAUAUGCUUCAGAAAUUUGCCGGAAAGAAUAUCAAGCUUUGGGAAUGUCAAUAAUUAGCACAGCUUGGGGAAUUGCAUUAGUCAUAGGUCCAGCUCUUGGAGGUUUCCUUGCACAGCCAGCAGAGAAGUUCCCGGAUGUGUUUUCUAAGGAAUCUCUGUUUGGGAGGUUUCCCUACUUCUUACCUUGCUUGUUCAUAUCAAUCAUUGCACUGGUGAUAACUAUUCUGUGCUUUUGGCUACCGGAAACACUUCACUUUCAUAAUAAAAAUGAUGAAGAGGAGCAUGAGAAACUUUGUGAUCGAUUAGAGGCGAGCACGUAUGGAUCUGAUCUAGAUUUGAAUUCGCAAAAGUGUGAAGAAGACUGUCAAACUCCUCAACAAAGUCUUUACAAGAACUGGCCCCUAAUGUCAUCUAUUAUUGUAUAUUGUGUUUUCCAACUCCAUGACAUGGCUUAUGCAGAGAUUUUUCCAUUAUGGGCUGUUAGUCCUAAGAAGCUUGGGGGAUUAAGCUACUCAAGUUCCCAAGUUGGUGAAGCUCUUUCAAUUUCAGGCAUGGGUAUGCUUCUCUUUCAGUUAUUUGUGUACCCGCCAUUGGAGAAAAAGUGUGGAUUUUUAAAGCUGACGCAAAUCGGAGCGGUUGUUACAAUAGCAUUGCUAUCAACUUACCCUUUAAUGGUCAACCUAUCUGGCCUCACGCUCACUCUAGUGAUUGAUUAUGCAUCUGUGAUGAAGAACAUAGUGUCUGUAUCCAUUGCUACAGGAUUGUUUCUACUACAAAACAGAGCUGUGAGCCAAAAACAAAGAGGAGCUGCAAAUGGAAUAUCUAUGGCAGGCAUGUCACUAUUCAAAGCUGCUGGUCCAGCUGGUGGAGGCUCAUUAUUUUCUUGGGCAAUGAGUCGUCAGCAUGCAUCCUUUCUCCCUGGUGUUCAUAUGGUUUUCUUCAUUCUAAACGUGAUUGAGUUUAUUGCCUUAAUGAUGACAUUCAAACCUUUUCUAGACGUCGCUACAUGACAUGACAUGUAAUUGGAUGGCCAGCUUAUAUAAUAUAUAUUUACCUACAAAUGCACUUGAAUGGGGCAAUUUUGGCGUGAUGAACAUAAUGCGAAAUUCGGGAAAUGAGAUACUUUUGUUUUAUGUAGAUUAUUCGCUUAUUCUAUUUUCCAUCCAAUAAAACAAUUUUUUUUUAUUGUUUAUACAUAUGUAUUUUACUUUUUUAAAAAAAUGAAUGCACAAUUGAGUUGGUACACAAAUUGUUGUGUAUAUAUUUUACAUUUGAGAUAUUUGCAGCAAAAAAAACAUAAAUUAUUACGUUUGUAGUACUUAUGUACUCAAUUUAUUUUUUUGUCGGUGACAGUACCUUCCAUCUA